GAGUAGGAGAUGACUGAGCGACUUUCACUUACUUUCCAAAAGAAAGCGUUUUAAAUAGUCUUUGCAUAUAACACUGUGUUUUCAAAAAGUUAUUACUCUUAACAGGUUAAAACACAUUUGGGUAUUAUGUCUGAAAAUGAGUUGCUGCUGCUGCUUACACUGUCAGCAAUUAGCGGGAAAAGUUCAGAAUAUAAUGUAAUUAUCAAUUACUGAUAACUCAGCAAAUAAAAAUUAAUUUGAAAUAAAAUGUGAAGUCACAAGAUUCAGAUUUUUAAUGAUGACAAGCUGUUCUGCUUUCUAAGUGAACUGACUGAAUUCAGACCUCAAAUAGGAGAGGUGUGGGAACAGAUUUCCCACAGUUCCAGACAGUAACUGUUUGAGAGUUCAAUAACAUGAGCUAUGUGGAGCUAUCUGAGUAUCUCCAGUGGCCAACAGUGUCCAGCACCUUACAGAACGACAUUGUUUUUAAACGACGUUCUCAGUCAAAAUUCCCUUUCUACAGCCCAAUAUGUCCCCUUCCCCUAAAAAGCCCGUUAAUAUUGUAUGGCAUGAACAAUUCAUCCGAAUUUGAUGCUUGACAUGGACUUAACUGGAUCUCAAUCCACUUGCCUUCAUUUCUCUUACUCUCAUGGUGGCAGUUUCACUUUUCCGCGCUUGGGGAUGACCUCAAACGCAAGACCUUUAUAUGGUGUUCCAACUGCCUAGAUUCUAAAAAGCACUACAAACGCACAGGACACUAACGUCGGCACUCGCUUGCGGGAUCCUCCAGGCCUACCUGCCCUUGGAGCCGCCCUUUAAACGCUCUUGUGAGCGAAGCCACGCCCGCGGUGGCCGCGGAGCAUGCGCGCAGGAGGCGCGUCUCGGACGCAGAAGAGAGGGCAGGCGCGGGCGGAGAUCCGGGAGCCUUGCGCCCGGCCGACUGGACCAGGCCUCUAGAGCCGCGCGGGCUGCCGCGCGGAGCGACCACGCGCGGUUUGGCGGGACUCGCCGCCGGGACACUCCGCAUCCUAGUCCCGCGUCCCGCCCCUUCGCGCCGCGGGCGCCCGGCCUCCCUCCCACGGGUGGGCGGGGAAGGCGGAGCUCGCCGCCCCAGGCCUCUGCUUGGCUGCCCCCGCUUCCCUUUCCCGUUCGCGGCGGUGAAGUUCAAGUGUGAAGUAUCCGAGCUCUGCGAGCAGGCGCCCAUCACGGGUGCGGCUUGAUUUCCUCGCCUAAGCUCCCGCGGCAGUGCUCAGCCCAGUAUCUAGAAACAGUGUCGGUUUAUACUGUUUUCUCGACUGGUGACAAAUGUUAGCAUUUAUGUUCGCCUCUAUACGAAUAUUUUGCUGGCCACUUAACUGACUUUAUUUCUCUCCGAAACGCGAGAUAGUUUCUUCCCCAGGUGUUUAUAUCUCUAUUUUUCAUGCGAGAUCUUGACGACAAUACGUACAAAAAAUACAUAAAGAUGAUAACUAAUAUAGUUAUAUUGAGCCUGAUCAUUUGCAUUUCUUCAGCUUUCUGGAUUAUGUCUAUGACUGCAAGCACCUAUUAUGGUGACUUUCAGCCUGUUUCUCCCUGGCGUUGGCUGUUUUCUGUUGUUGUUCCUGUUUUGAUCGUCUCUAAUGGCUUUAAGAAGAAAAGUCUAGAUCACAGUGGGGCUUUAGGAGGGCUCGUGGUUGGAUUUAUCCUAACCAUUGCAAAUUUCAGCUUUUUCACCUCUUUGGUGACAUUUUUUCUUUCUUCCUCAAAACUUACUAAAUGGAAGGGAGAAGCAAAGAAGCGUCUAGAUUCAGAAUACAAGGAAGGUGGGCAGAGAAACUGGAUUCAGGUGUUCUGUAAUGGCGCGGUGCCCACGGAGCUGGCCCUGCUGUACAUGAUAGAAAGUGGCCCUGGGGAAAUCCCAAUAGAUUUUUCCAAACAGCACACUGCUUCCUGGAUGUGUUUGUCUCUCUUGGCUGCACUGGCCUCCUCUGCUGGAGACACAUGGGCUUCAGAAGUUGGCCCUGUUCUGAGUAAAAGCACGCCAAGGCUAAUAACAACCUGGGAGAAAGUUCCAGUUGGGACCAAUGGAGGAGUGACGAUGGUGGGCCUUGCCUCCAGUCUUCUUGGUGGAACCUUUGUGGGCAUCACUUACUUCCUCACACAGUUGGUUUUUGUUAACGAUUUAGACAUUUCUGCUCCCCAGUGGCCAAUUAUUGCAUUUGGGGGUCUGGCUGGAUUACUAGGAUCAAUUGUGGAUUCAUAUUUAGGAGCCACCAUGCAAUUUAGUGGUUUGGAUGAAAGCACUGGCAUGGUGGUCAACAGCCCAGGGAAGGAGGUGAAGUACAUAGCCGGGAAACCCAUCCUCGACAACAAUGCCGUGAAUCUGUUCACUUCUGUCCUCGUAGCCCUCUUGCUCCCAACAGCUGCUUGGGGUUUUUGGCCUAGACAGUGAACUUUAUUUCAUUUACCAAAGUUAAAACUAUGAUGAAUUUAGCUAAACUUGCAAUUCCAAGUUUUGUCCCAAGAAGAAUAACUGUAAUGACAAAGCAGAAAUGCCAGUUCCUCCUCUAGUCCAUUAUGAUGGCAUGCCAGUUUUCCUCUCUGUGAUGCGUUUCUAAUAGCUAAUAUCUUCCCAGUGAAAGACAAGACUCAAUUUAGCUAUUUUUCUUCUGCUGAAUAGAACUUGAACAGUGAAGUUAUAAUGUCCCAAUAUAUUGAACUGAAAGUUCCUGCAUGGUAGAUAUAAAUUUUGUUUUGUUUAUUUAAAUCAGCAAAGGGACUAAAAGUGAUAACAUUUUUAAAUGGUUGAGUUGUGAUGGAGAAAUGCCUCCCUGCCAGUUACCCAGAUGUCAUAUCCGUUUUAAGUAUUUAAACGAAUGUGUGCGGAAGCCUGCGUAAGUGUAGUAUCCUGGAUGUUUCCCGUUACCUGCCACUUCGUACUGUAAAAAGUGUGGAGCUUGGUUCCUGGUGAGCUGCAGCGUCUUCUCCACAUUUGUUCUUCCUUCCUCAGAGUUAGUGAUGGAAAAAAAAGUAAAUGUCUUUUUCAUGUGACCAUUAGAAUGCACACAAAAAAGAUUAUUUUUAAGUAAAAGCAAAAGAGAUACCUGAGAUCUAAAAAAUGUGUACCUUUCUAUAUAUUUCAGUUGGUCUCUGAGCAGAAGUUAUCUUAAAUUUAAUACCUUUAAGGUUUUUUGUAGCUUUCUUUGAAAUUUGUCUAUGAAUGUGGUUUACAUUAGCAUCUUGACCAGUGAGAGUCACUGGAAAAUUAGUGCAAUUAUUGUUUCAUUUGCUGUCCUAGAAUUCACUGGAAGAUGCUGUGACUUCCUGUUAAGGUACGCUGUCCUCUACUAUAGCCUCAACCAAAGUGAAUGCCACUUUCAGUUAAGUUCUUCAGUUUGAUGGAAGUGCUAAAGGAGUUUAAUAUAGUAUGGAUUGUUGUGCUAAAAGUGUUUUGAAAUAUCUCAUGUGAUUUCAAUAUUUUUCUUCCCCUGCCGCUUGCGCAUUCAUAGAAAAA